AUGGCAGACUUGGAAAACAUGCUUCUUGAGGCAGCUGGAAGGACUAGUUCGCCAGUGAGAAAGCGGCACAAGCCUCGGAACUCGAAAUCCAAACGUGAGGGUGGUGCGGCAUUCUCUGAUGGUGGAAGUAAUUCUAGAGAGGAAGACUCUGAUGAGGGUGCAAACAAGAAAUCACAGAGAUAUGCAUCCCAUGUUCCACUGAAGAAGAGAUUGGACAUGAGCAGAAGAAAUAGUAAUAAUAGUAUUCGCAAUGAGCAUGGUGGGGGUGACUUGGAGGAUGGAGUUCCUGAUAGGGAUGGUGGCAGCAGUGAAGAAUCUGAUGUUGGCAGUGAUCUUUACAAGAACGAAGACGACAAACAGAAGCUCGCAAAUAUGACAGAACUUGAAAGGGAGAUGAUUUUGUCUGAUAGAGCAACCAAAAAAUGUGACAAGGAAUUCAAAGAGAAAAUGAGAAUGAAGAGGGAAAACAAAAAUGCAAGUGCAAAGAUUAGUUCUGCUGCAAAUUCAUCUCAUCAUCCAUCAUCUGCCAAGGUUCGUUCCUCGGCUAGACAUGCUGAGAGGACGGCUUCCAAAGGAGAUGUUCUAAGUGAAUUGCGCGCGAAAAGGAUGAAGCAACAAAUCUUAGAUCCUCAUGAUAAAUUGGGAAAGGCUUCAGGAUCAGGCUCAAGUAGCAAGCAGACACCUGGGGUCGCGGCAAGUCCUAGUAGCUCUAGUCAGAGUGAGAGUGUUAUUCGGUCUGACAGUGAAAGAGAGUCAUCUGAUGAUGGUGGAUUGGGUGACAGUGAUGAUGACAAGAACAUUCUUGAAUCAAAGAUGCCAACGUUUGAGAACAUUAGGGAAAUCACAAUUAGGAGAUCAAAGCUUGUGAAGUGGUUGAAUGAACCAUUUUUUGAGGAGUUAAUUGUUGGUUGUUUUGUGAGAAUUGGCAUAGGAAAGUCAGAAAGUGGACCUGUUUAUAGGCUCUGCAUAGUGCAGAGAGUUGAUGGGGCUGACCCAAAUAAGCAUUACAAGGUAGAGAAUAGAGUCACUCACAAAUAUCUAGUUUGUGUGUGGGGCAGUGAGAACUCGGCUAAAAAGUUUCAGGUGGCUGUAGUUUCAGAUUCUGCACCAUUGGAGAAAGAGUUCAGACAGUGGGUUAGAGAAGUUGAGAGAACUUGCAGCCAAAUGCCGAGUAAGAUGAGUGUCUUGGAGAAGAAGGAGGCCAUAAGAAGAACAAGCGCGUAUGUUUAUUCAGCUGCCACUGUGAAGCAGAUGCUAGAAGAAAAAAAAUCAGCCCCAUCUAGGCCACUGAACAUCGCAGUGGAGAAGGAUCGUUUGAAGAAUCUGUUGGAGGUUGCAAAAUGUAAGAAUGAUGAAGCAGAGAUGGAUAGGAUCUUGAGAAAGCUCGCGGAUUUGGAAGCAUCUCGUAAAUCCCGAGAGAAUGAUGCAAAGGCUUUGAGGCUGGCUGAGAUGAACAGGAAGAACAAGGUUGAGAACUUCAAGAACUUAUCUGAACAUAAACAGUUGAAUGCAAAUUUGAAAGCGGGUGAGGAAGGCUAUGAUCCCUUUUCGAGGAGAUGGACAAGGUCGAGGAAUUACUACGGGAAAGAUACCGAGAAGAAUGAAGAUAAAGGAGAAAAUGAUGGUGAAGUUAGUAAGGGGGAAGAGAAAGAAGAAGAAGAAGCUGUUACAACAAAGGCUGGUGUUGAAGUCACAGAAUUGGCAUUGCAAGCAGCUGCUGAUGAAGGGAAGUUGAUUGAUACUAAUGCUCCUGUGGAUGGUGGAACAGAAUCAAAUAUGAUGCACGAUUUCGACUUGCCUAUCUCUUUGGCUGAACUCAAGAAUUUUGGUGGACCACAGGGACUCAAAAAUGGGUUUCUAGCAAGGAAACAAAAAAUAGAAGCAACAGUCGGGUGCAGGGUUUCUGAGAAUGAUGGGAGUCGGCAUGCACUUACAUUAACUAUCAGUGACUACAAGAGAAGAAGAGGACUUCUGUGA